AUGUAUGAUGAGAAACGAAACACUGGACUGUUGGAUCUUGCUCAAGGUCUUGUCUUUCGAUGUCAUAUUAUUCAUCACACACCAGUCUCUUCAAAUGAUCUUCUCUGUGAUAAAGAUGCAAUUAUUUUUAACUUUCAUCAUGCUUCAUUCGAUUUUCCAUCAAUGCAUAUAUUUCUUCAUGAUCUCAAUCAAGCUUAUAGUACAGGUCAACUAACAACUGAUGAGAAUUCUCUUCUGCGUUAUCUUGAUUAUGCUAUGAUUGAACAACAAAUGUCAAUGACCGCUGCAAAUAUGUUUUGGUUAGAUAUUCUUCGAGAUCAUAAAAUCGACCAUUCGUUACCGUUACCAUUUGAUCGAUAUCGUCUUUCUGAUGAACAUCGAACUGGUCGUGGAAUAUCUUUCUCGUUCGAUUUUGGUGAAGAUCUUUCACAUGAUUUUCUUUCUUAUUCAUCAUCGCAUGGCAUAACAGUAGAACAACUGACAUUGGCUAGUUAUUUUGCUUUUUUGUUCAAAUUAACUAAUGGAGAAAGUGAUUUAUGUAUUGGAAUGAACACAAAUGGAAGAUAUAAAGAAGAGCUGAAGUCAAUGAUUGGAAUGUUUGUCAAUGCUAUUCCAUUGCGAUGUCGGCUAGAUCCUCAUUGGUCUUUUCAUCAGCUAGUUGAGCAUGUUAAAGACAUAAUUACAAAUAGUUUAAAGUAUUCUUAUUUUCCUCUUCAACGAAUUCUUAAUCAAUAUCCAAACACUAUAAAACCUGCAUUUCUUGAGACAUCAUUCGAAUUUCAAUCGUAUACUUCCAAAAGUAGCAAGAAUGAAGUGAUGAUUGGAAAUGCUCGACUUGUUGCUGUACCCUUUUCAAUCAAGAUUGGUGAAGAUGAAAUAAUGAGCAAGUUUGAUUUCACUCUUACUAUUCAACAUGAUUUGGAUAUUGACCAACUUUCAUGCACAAUCAAUGCAUCACUUGACUUGUUUGAUAGAAAAACAAUUGAUAUAAUUACUCAACGAUUCCACUCAAUGUUAGAACAACUGUUUAAUGUAGAAGAUGUUCAGAUUAACAAACCAACCCAUGAAUUAUCAUUAAUAUUGUCUGAUGAAAAAUUCCUUAUGAAAUCAAUGAAUAAUACACAAGUGAUUGGUGUAAUAGCAAUUGAGAUGGCUGGCGGUGUCUAUUGUCCAUUAUCACCUCGAGAUCCAAAACAUCGUUUGCAUAUGCUAGUAGAACAAACUCAAAGUCGCCUAGUACUUACCCAUCAUCUAACAAACAAUAAGUUCACUGAUAAUAUUUUUUCAAUUGACAUUGACGCUGUGUUAACUGAUAAUCCAGUUGAAAGCGAUGUUGAUUUCCAUCGAACUUCAAACAUAUUAAUCACACCCGACAAUAUAGCCUACAUUAUAUUCACAAGUGGUUCUACUGGAAUGCCAAAAGCGGUUCAAGUACGCCAUCAAAAUUUCACUAAAUAUGAAUUCUCACAAUCAACUGCUAUUGACCAACAAGGUGAGCUGUUAGUGGGAGGUGUGGGCGUUUUUGCUGGUUAUCUAGGACGUAAUGAUUUGACAACAAGAGCACUUAUUGUGAUAGAUGGUGAAAUAUUUUAUCGAACAGGUGAUCUUGUCCGAAUGGAUCACAAUGGCCUUCUUCAUUAUCAAGGAAGAAAAGAUCAUCAAAUCAAGUUACAUGGACAACGUAUUGAACUAGGAGAAAUCGAACAAUGUUUACUUAAUACAUCAAUCUCUGCUUGCGUUGUCAUCAAAUGGGAUGAUGAUAAUUUGAUUGUUUAUGUUCAAAGUUCUAAUAUCAAUGAAGAACAAUUACGUCAGCAUUGUCAAUGUCAUCUUCCUCCAUAUAUGAUACCAUCAUUAUUUAUCAUACUUGAUAAAUUACCUUUGAAUGCAAAUGGAAAAAUAGAUCGAAAACUUCUUCCGUCUCCUUCUUCCUAUUUCUUUAAUCAUCUACAACGAAAUCAUACAAGUAACUUACAAAUGAAAAAACCUCAUGAUGAAAUUCAAAUUACACUUCAUACUCUUUGGUGUGAUAUGUUUCAACAGAAACAAAUUUCAAUUGAUACAAAUAUCUUUACAAUUGGUGGCCAUUCUCUACUGCUUAUGCAACUUUAUCGUCGAUAUCAAACAACAUUUCAUUUAGAAACAAAAUCUCUCUCUAUUAAUGAUCUAUUUCAAUAUCCAACAAUUAUUGAUCAUUCUCAAUUCAUUCGUCAAGCUAUCAAUAUUGAAAAACAUUUUGAAGAUUGUUGGUCUUCUCUACAUCUCAUUCAAGCUCCAGCAUCAUUUGCUCAAGAAAGAAUAUUUCUUGAUGAACAAAUUCGUUUUUCAUCCAGAACUAACAAUGUAAUAUAUACUAUUCCAUUACUUUAUCGUGUAGCAUCUGUAAAUAGUCAUAUAUCAAUUACUCGAUUACAUCAUGCAUUACAAUUUGUAAUUAUGAAACAUAGCAUUCUCCGCACAGCACUUCAUAUCGAUAGUAAUGGUAUUAUUAUGCAAUAUUGUUUGAAUAUAAAUAUCAAUAAUAAUGAUAUUAAACCAUAUGGAUUUUCAAUAAUUAAUCUUCAUGAUGAUAAAGAUAGCAACAUUGAUAAAACAAUAACUGAGAUGAUGAAUAACUCUGAUUUAUUUGACUUAACAAAAGGAUGUGUUAUUCAUUGUCAUAUUCUUCGUCAAUAUCAUCCAGAUGAUAAUCUGUCAUUUAAGAAUGAUGAUCUAUUGACUAAAGAUGAUUUAAUAUUAUUUAACAUCCAUCAUUCAGCAUUUGAUGGAGCUUCUACAUCGAUUUUUCUUCGUGAUUUUUCUGUUGCUUAUGAGACUGAUUGUUCAUUACCUUCGGAUGAUGAUGCACUGCAAUACAUUGAUUAUUCUAUUUAUGAACAUCAAAUGGAUAUGACAUUAUCGCGUAACUUUUGGCAAGCACAACUUCAAGCAUACAAUCUCGAAUAUCGAUUGUCAUUGUCAACUGAUCGGCAUCGUUCAUCAACUCAUCAGCGAUCUGGUUUAGCUUCGGUAGCUAAAAUCUCUUUCGAUGAUCAGAUUUCCAUAGCAUUUCUAAAUUACGCCUCCACACAUAAAAUCACACCUUUUCAACUAGGAUUAGCUAUAUUUUAUACAUUUCUCUUCAAAUUAACUCAUGGUCAAAGCGAUCUUUUUAUUACUUGUCUCAAUGCCAAUCGAUAUAAAAGUGAAUUAGAAAACAUGAUUGGAAUGUUUGUUGCAACAUUACCUUAUCGUAUUCAACUUAAUUCUCAUUGGUCAUUCAAUGAACUUGUCAAACAUGUACGAGAUAGAUGUACUGCUGUUGAACAAGAAAUGCCAAUGACUGCUGCGAGUAUCUUUUGGCUUGAAACUCUUUAUGAUUGUAGGCUAGACCGAUCUUUACAGUUACCAUAUGAUCGAUAUCGUCUUUCUGAUGAACAUCGAACUGGUCGUGGAAUAUCUUUCUCGUUUGAAUUUGGUGAAGAACUUUCGCGUGUUUUUCUCUCUUACUCAUCAUCAAAUGACAUAACACUUGCACACAUAGCUCUCGCUUGUUAUUAUGCCUUCUUGUUCAAAUUGACUAAUGGAGAAAGUGAUUUAUGUAUUGGAAUGAACACAGAUGGAAGAUAUAAAGAAGAAUUGAUGUCAGUGAUUGGAAUGUUUGUCAAUGCUAUUCCUUUGCGAUGUCAGCUAGAUCCUCAUUGGUCUUUUCAUCAACUAGUUGAAGAUGUUCGAGACAUUGCAAGAAAUAGUUUGAAGUAUUCUUAUUUUCCUCUUCAGCGAAUUCUAGCUCAACAUCCAAAUGCUACAAAACCUGCAUUUCUUGAGACAUCAUUCGAAUUUCGAUCAUAUACUUCUAAAAAUGGUAAGAAUAAAGUGAUGAUUGGUAAUGUCCAGCUUAUUGCUGCACCCUUUUCAAUCAAGAUUGGUGAAGAUGAAAUAAUGAGUAAAUUCGAUUUCAUUCUUACUAUUCAACAUGAUUUGGAUAUCAAUCAACUAUCAUGCACAAUCAAUGCAUCACUUGACUUGUUUGAUAGAAAAACAGUUGAUAUGAUUGCACAACGAUUUCACUCAAUGUUAGAACAAUUGUUUGACACAGAAGAUGCUCCGACUAACAAACCUAUCUAUGAAUUGUCAUUAAUAUUAGCUGAUGAAAAGUUACUUAUGAAAUCAAUGAAUAAUACACAAGUAUUAUCUCCGUCUGUCACUUGUAUACAUCAUGAAUUUGUUCAUCAAGUGAUGAAACAUCCACAAAAAUUAGCUGUCGAGUUGGAUGAUCAAUCUCUUACAUAUUGUGAACUUUUAUAUUAUACUCAAGUGAUUGGUAUAAUGGCGAUUGAGAUGGCUGGUGGUGUUUAUUGUCCAUUAUUACCUCGAGAUCCACGACAUCGUUUGCAUAUGCUUGUAGAACAAACUCAAAGCCAACUUGUUCUUGUUCAUCAUCUAACAAAAAAUAAAUUUAAUGAUAGUGAGGUUUUACCAGUAAAAUUAGCCAAAUUAAUGCGAAGUAUGGUAACAUCAACAUGUCGAGUAUGGAAUUUGUAUGGACCAGCUGAAAUAACUAUUGAUUGUACAUCUCACGUUGUUGA